GGAGCGGGCGAGAAGCCCUCUCUCCCCGGAUGACGAGGGGCAGGAUAACAUGGAGUCCGGCAAGAUGGCGCCUCCUAAGAACGCUCCGAGAGAUGCCUUGGUGAUGGCACAAAUCCUGAAGGAUAUGGGAAUUACGGAGUAUGAACCAAGGGUUAUAAAUCAAAUGUUGGAAUUUGCUUUCCGAUAUGUGACUACAAUUCUGGAUGAUGCAAAAAUUUAUUCAAGCCAUGCUAAGAAACCUAAUGUUGAUGCAGAUGAUGUGAGACUGGCAAUCCAGUGUCGGGCUGAUCAAUCUUUUACUUCUCCUCCUCCAAGAGAUUUUUUACUCGAUAUUGCAAGGCAGAAAAAUCAAACCCCUUUACCACUGAUUAAGCCAUAUGCAGGACCCAGACUGCCACCUGACAGAUACUGCUUAACAGCUCCAAACUACAGGCUGAAGUCCUUAAUUAAAAAGGGACCUAACCAGGGAAGACUAGUACCGCGGUUAAGUGUUGGUGCUGUUAGUAGCAGACCUUCCACUCCUACUGUAGCAACCCCGCAAACAGCGUCUGUCCCAAAUAAAGCUGUACCUCCAGUGUCAGUGACAAGCCAAAGAUAUACAGUGCAGAUUCCACCCUCUCAGUCCACACCUGUCAAAUCAGUUCCUGCAACAACUGCAGUUCAGAAUGUUCUGAUUAAUCCUUCAAUAAUUGGGCCCAAAAAUAUUCUUAUUACCAACAUGGUUUCAUCACAGAACAUGCCCAAUGAAUCAAACCCAUUGAAGAGAAAACAUGAAGAUGAUGAUGAUAAUGAUACUAUGUAGGGAGUACAAUCAAGAUAUAUUUCAGAAGUGUAAUUGGUUUGGAGCCCACUGUACUGAACUAGAAUAUUCUCUACCUUCUCAAGUUUUAUCUUAGAAAACUUAAAUGUAGAUUUAUUUUUCCUAUUAGCUUAAACUGUUAAUUUUUUUAAAUUGUUAGAUAUCUUAGGUAACCAUACCAGUGUUUUCUCAUUAGGACUCAAGAAAAUUGUUUCUUAGUAUUUUGAUUAAUGUUAUGAUUGUUUUCAGUUUCUACAGCCUGAUCAGUGGACUAGUCUUUUAACAGCCUAAUUUCUAAUACACAUUUAAAUACUACUUUCUCUUAUAGGGUAAAAUAGUUGUAAUUUUUGUUUUCACCAACUUUUUUGACCAAACCUCUAAAUUUAGGAAGUAUUUAUUUUUUGGAAAGGAUGGAUUUUGAAGGGGUUUUAUAUUCAUUUGGAGUAUUUGUUUCUUGGUGUUCCCUAACCUCCCAUGUCCUCAACCCCAUUUCUAAAUCCCAUUCAUUUUCUGUACCACCUCUUCCCCAGAGGCUUAAGUUUCUCCCAAUACUCUCAGAAGGCUAAAACAGCGUUUUAAAAGUGUAAUUCCAGAUAGUACA